ACCAUAGCGUUCGGAUUUACUACCCUCAGUCCCUGCCUGCCUUCCCUCAGUCUAAAUCUCUCAUCGUUCCGUUUAAGUCGUAUCCGCAGCGUGUGUUUAUUUUCCGUUGUAUAUUCGAAUUGGAUUUCUUUAAGUGUUUCAUCAGUAAUUUAUCUGCUGUUUCAAUUUUAUUUGAAUUUAUUUGAAUUUAUAAACUGUUUUUUAAAUUUAUUUAAAUUUUAAAAACUGUUUAAAUUUUUUUGAAAUUUGACAUAAAAUUUUUGUUUUUAAAAAUCGCUAUUUGUGGAAUUGUGUUUUUUUUUUGAGUUUUUUGUGAUUGUGAUUACUAUUUGGAUUAUACUUUAGAUUUUAACGGAGUACAAUUUCACCGCAAGAUUGGAACUUUGGACUAGUUGCAGUUUUGUACACUGUAUAUAUAUAGAUAUAGUAUUCUAACUUCCUGUUGCGGUUCGUCAACGAUCAUAAAUCAAGAAGAAUCAUGCGGGACGUCGUACGGAUAGCUAUUGUCCUUGAACUCUGUUUGCUAAUUUUAGCAAUACCAACGAGUGAGGGAGCGACGACAAAAUUAAAAAGCAAAAAGAAACUCAUGAAAGAGCCAAGGGAGAAUAAAGAAGUGAAUAUUUGUGAUUUACAGGAUCUCCAAGCGCCAUUCUUUUGUUAUUGUAAUAGUAAUGGUUUUAAUAAUGCAACCGAUACGAAUUGUUUGAUAUUCGAAAAAUUCGAAGAAGUCAAUCCACUGUGGAAUCAUUUUAAGUCGCAAAUGUUUACACAAAAAUUAUCAUUUAAAGUUAGACCGCCUACUGGAAAUUUAACAUACGUACCAACACAAGUACUGAAGCAACUUAAACAUGUUAAUAUUUUAAAUAUUGAGUACGCAAAAAUUCACAAACUCCCCGCCAAUGUUUUCUCUAAUUUAUCAUCAAUGACGGAAAUUCAUCUCAUGAGAAAUUCCAUCACUGGUCUUUCUGAAAAUGCUUUUAAUAAUAUGAAGAAUUUGAUGUUUAUCAAUUUGGACGAGAAUCAUAUUACUGAAAUUACGAGAACACCAUUCGUGAAUUUGCCAAUGCUGAAGAAAUUGAUAAUAAAUAAAAAUAACAUAACAACAAUUUAUGCUCAAGCAUUCGCCUAUUUGAGUUCACUUCAAGAGCUUGAAAUUAAUGGCAAUCAAAUUAAUGUAAUAACUCGCGAUAUGUUUAAUGGCUUGAGAAAUUUACAGAAGCUCGAUCUGAGUAAUAAUUUAGUGCAUAUGAUUGGCGAGGAGAGCUUUAUGGAAAUGUCAGAAUUACAGGAGCUUCAUCUCGAUCAAAAUAUGAUUGUAUAUAUUUCGCAGAAAGCAUUGGCUGGAAUGAGAAACUUGAAGGUACUAAAACUUAGUGAAAAUAAACUCGCAUCACUUGAUCCAGACUUUCUCAGUCAAGCACCAGGCGUCAACUUUCUUGAUCUCAGGGAUAAUCAACUCAAGACAAUGACCUUCGAUAAUGUCAAACCAAUUGUCACCAAUCUCUACAAUAAUGUCAGUUACUUCUAUCUAAAUGGAAACAAACUGAUUUGCGACUGUAAGCUCCAGUGGAUUUGGGGUCUAAGGAACGAGACGAAAAACACCAAGCUGAGGGAAAACUUGGAAGAACUCACUUGUUUCCUUGAGAGCAAGAACGCGUCUGAUAAGUCUGUUAAGGAUGCUGAGAGGAAUAGUGCUUUGGCAAUUGCACGCAAUCCAGACGAAUAUAGGUUUGAUAAUUUGAAAGAAGGAAAUAGAGGUAACAACGAUUAUUUGGACGAUGCCACCAACUAUGACGACUCCUACGAAGAUGAAGAGAGAGAAAUUCAAAAAUCACCCUCGAAGAUGGAGAUCAUAGACGGAAAAGUGGGUUACAUGAAGCAACUUUUUGAACUGAAACCUGAGGAUCUUCCAUGUCCCGAGCCCUCCAGGGAGGAUCUAAUGGCAUCCGAGCAACCAUCAAGUCGCCACGCGAACGCCGCCGUCGGCUCAGCAGGUAUAUUUUUCUUCUCCUCGGGGAAGAUACACUACGUCAGUCAAUCCGUUCUCGCGUUAUCCUUCCUCGUCGCUACUCGAUUUUUCACGUAGAAAAUAGAAUCUUCAAAACAAUCAUCAGGUUAAAAAAAACAAAAAAAAAACAAGGAGUGUGUUCAACGAUCAUUGAAAAGCAGCUUUUAACUUCAAAAAAAAAAAAAAAAAGAGAGAGAAAAAAAUCUUUCCAAGUUUCUCUCUAAAGAAAAGCUGUCUAUCAAUUUCCAAGUUUUUUCCAAAUAAUUGUUCUAAAUUUUCGACACGAGAGGUUUUAAGAAACAAAUAAUGACUCCAAUUUCGUCGAAAAAGUUGAAUACAAGAAUUUUUUUUUCCUUUUUUAAUUUCUUUUUCUAAGACUUUUAAAAAAGUUUCUCACAAGAUCUCUCCAAAAUGAAAAGACUAGCGCGAAACUAAAAGGACUUUUCUCGUAAAGAAGAAGAAGAAAAACAAAAAACCAAUUUUUUAGACAUUUUUCUCAAGAAUUUUUCCACUCUGUUAGUUAGGCAUUUGUAUAAUUAUUAUUGUGUAAUUUAUAUAAUUGAAAAUUGUAAUAAGGGUACCUGCGUCGUCAAAAAAUCGCUUCAUUUAUUUAAAAAAAGAAAAUACUCAUUUUGUAAUUUUUUAAAAAUACUUUUUCGACGUACGACAUAAAAAAAAAAAAUUGUUAAGGGAUAGUUUACUA